AUCGGAAGGCCUAGUCGUCCUGGUCUUUCCUGAGCAGCGGCUGGUCAGAGCGCUCUCUCCUAAUAUUCCCAUUCAGGGUAGAGGUGACGCUGCGCCAUCCUCAGAGCCCGCUUUCCCUGAGGCCCGUGCUUUGUCGUUAGGGACCACUACGCAGUAGCCCCCGCUGGUUUAUGCGCGUUGGCUUGGGCAGGACGUAACCGCCGUCCGUUGUCGCAUCCGAUACUAAUCGACGGGGGGCAGAUUGAGGCUCCCGGCGAUCGUUUGUUACCAUGGUGAAGAAGAACAGCAUCCCGGACAGGUGGCGCAAUUUGACAGCAAUCGGUCAGCGGGUGCCGGGGUCUCGAUUUAUUGCCUUCAAAGUACCGCUGAAAGGGGUCACUAAUCAGCGUGUAACAGAGAACCAGAAGUUCACCCCUAAAGAUUUAAUUACCGCAAUCCGCACCCAAAAUGAAGAAUUGGGACUUAUCGUAGACCUGACAAACACUGAACGUUACUACACCACUAAGGAUUUGCCAAAAGGUAUACAGUAUGUGAAACUGCACACAGCAGGACUGAAGAUCCCAGAUGACGCCACCAUUCACCAGUUCAAGAGAGUCGUAUGGAAGUUUUUGGUGGCUAAUUCUGAAAACGAUAAACUCAUUGGUGUUCACUGUACAACCGGAAUCAAUAGGACUGGAUAUCUUAUAUGUAGGUACCUUAUUGAUGUUGAUGGAUGGAGGCCAAUGAAUGCACUAUCUGCUUUUGGUCAGGCUCGAGGUCACCCAAUCGAAGGAACAGUCUACAUUGAGGAUAUUGUGAAAGGACCUCCUCGAAGUAAUGUUGGUAUAGACUCUCCUCCAACCACUGAAGAAACAAGAGCCUGGGAUACUGGAACCUAUUAUGCUCCAGAUACUCUGUCCAGGGAGCGAGGCGUCCGAGAUGAGGCUAUCAGGCCGCUACUUGAACUUAUUCCAGGAAACGAACAUGCAGAUUUUGAUGCUCGUGAUCGAAGGCCAUUACCACUCAUGAGAGCUAGGUCAGAUGAAUAUCAAGAGGACGGCAGGAAUUUGUUCAACUCAAGGGCUGAAUUUAGAGGGAGAGGGCUACCAAUCAGAGAUAUGAGUGACGACGUUGAUCUUCGUAAACAAGAAUUUCCUUCUAAUAUGCAAGAACGUGUGAAUGAAAGGCUCCGAAGACCAGUUGACUUUAAUCCAGAUGGCAGAUUUAACCCGGGGGUAGACAACAGGCGAGACUUUCAUGGUUCUGAACCAAGGCCCCUUAUGGAUGUUCGAGAUAAUUAUGGACCUAGAGACGUGCCUAGGCCUCGCGGAAUGCCACAGGAGCAGAUGGGUUAUGGGGAUACGAGAGAGCAACAGAGCCCAGUGCAAGGCUAUAAUGACUAUAAUGAGCCUUCCUCUUAUAACGUACCAUCACUCCCACCAGGGAAAAUGAACAGUGCUGGAUAUGGCAGCACAGAAGCAGAACGUAUAAUGCGCUCUUUGAUCAGUGAUUUAGAUUUUAGAGCGAGAUUGCGUCGCCAGGAGUUUCAAAGCAUGGAAAGUGAAAGUGAUCCUAGAGAGAGGGAAAUGAGGACAGAUACUUCUCAAGGUCCUUUUAAUGAACGGAUGCAACCAAGAAACGCAAGAACCCUAGAAGGUCCCAUGAGCGAAAGAAUUAAUGCCAGGAACUCACAACUUCUAGGUGAGCCUGUGAAUGAAAUGAUGCCCCCGAGGAACAGACGAGACAUGGAAGGCCCUAAUCUUGAAAGAAUGUACUCAAGAGAUCCAAGAUAUAUGGAUGGGUCUGCAAAUGAAGGACUCCCCCAAAGAGAUACUCAGGGUACUAGAAAUUUAAUGGAUGAGAGGAUGCAGCUACAAAACGUACGGCCCAUGAGUGAAAGGAUGCAGUCCAGGGAUGCACAGUUCACAGAAGGCCCUAUGAAUCAUAAUAGGAUGUAUCCUAGGGAAGCACAACAAGUAGAGCCUUCUACAAAUCAACGGCUGCAGACCAGAGUUGCAAGAAUUUUAAAUGAAAGAUUGAAUCCCAGGGAUGGGCAGGCUUUGGAAAAUUCUCUGAAUGAUAGAAUACCCACAAGAGCCCUAAAUCGUCCAAUAAAUGAAAUGUUGAAUCCCCGAGAUCCAAGAUCCAUGGAGGGACCCAUGAAUGCGAGAAUGCAGCCAAGGAUUGAUCGAGGAAUGGAAGGGACCAUGAAUGAUCAAAUGCAUUCAAGACAGGGUGCCAUGAAUGAACGUAUGCCCAUAAGAGACACGCGACCCAUGGAGGGGCUCAUGAAUGCGAGAAUUUACCAGAGGGAUGUACGCACCGUGCAGGGGUCCAUGAAUGAGCAAAUGCACCCGAGAGAUGCUCGAGCUAUGGAGGGCUCUGUGAAUGAAAGGAUGUACCCACAGGAAGAUGACUUUCCAAUGAACAAACCAAGAGACUUGAUGAGUGACCCAAGAUCUUUUGAAGCAAGAAAGAUGAAUCCUUCUGAAGACUCACUUAGAGGAGCCAACAGAUUCGCUCCAUACCCUUCUCUUAUGAAGUCAGGACAACCAGCAGAGAACGCCAGAGGACUCCCAGGCUAUGACAACAGAGAUCCGCGCGAGAUGUUACCGCCAUCACAGGAUGCCACCCGCUUUCUGCCAAGGAGCCGAUUUACCUGAAAUCUAACUAUUUUCUAGAUUGGAGCUACAUGUCAGUAGUUGUAAAGAGUUCUUGUACUUCCAUUUGUAAAAUGUCCCAGUGUCAGACGUAGUGUAUGAUCCUUUUUUUUUUUCCCCCACUAUCUUUUCCUAUAGGGUGUUUUUUUUUAUUUUUUAUAUGUCGUUAGAGAUAUUUAGGGGUAUACUGUAACUAAAAGAUAUUGAUUCAAGAGUCUUGUAAUAUUCUCUUUUUAUGACCAUUUUAUUACUGUUUACAUGUUACUUAAUGGUCGUCACAGUGUAGGAAGCCAUUAUCCCUAUGAGCAGGAUGCUGCUGGUCACCGAACUGGAAAGAUUAAAUUACAAAGUCUGCAUUUCCAUGAAUUGGGCUGUCUGGCCCCAAAAGCAGUUUUAUCCAUUGCUGUCCUGUUCCAGCGCCAAGGCUUCUGUCUCCGCUCCUUCCAGUCACUGAUGGAUCGGACAUUUGACAUCUCAUCCAUGGUGGUGAUCACGGCUGCCGUGCCGAUUGGGGACACAUCGGCGCUGAGCUGGUGAAUGGCUGCAGCAGUGCACUUAACCACAGGUGAGACAUCACGCUUCCAGUCCACCAGCAACUGUAAGGAGUGGAGACAGGAGCCUCAGGGAUGGAACGGAGUAGCAGUGGACAGGUGAGUAGCAUUUUUUCCCCCAUUCAUUACUUUUCAGGGCAAUCCCUAAAAUAGUUUUUUUGGGUUGGACAACCCCUUUUUAAUAUUUUUGUACAUUGUAUGGCGUCUCUAUAUCCAUAGUAUGUAGGAGAGUUACAAUACUCUUAUUCAUAGUUUACAAGCAGAUAAUGUUUUUUAAUGUUUGGGGCAUAUCCAUUAAGUAUAUGUAAUUUAUAAUUUACCUUUUAAGGGCU